CGGCCUUUGGGGUGGGGGCGGGGGCUGGGCAGACGGAAACCAUCUGCCUGCGAGGACCCAGGGGCACUGGGCAAGCUAAAUGACAGCUGGCCCCAGUGGACAUGGUGAAGAAGCUGGUGAUGGCUCAGAAGCGGGGAGAGACCCGAGCCCUGUGCCUGGGCGUGGCCAUGGUGUUGUGCGCGGUGAUCACCUACUACAUCCUCUGCACCACCAUGCUGCCCCUCUACCAGAGGAGCGUGUGGACCCAGGAGUCCACCUGCCACCUGAUUGAGACCGACAUCAGGCACCAGGAGGAGCUGGAGGGCAGGAAGGUGUCCCCGUACCCCUGCCUGUGGGUCAACGUCUCGGCYGUGGGCAAGUGGGCCGUGCUGUACCACACGGAGGACACUCGGAGCCAGAACCAGCAGUGCUCCUACAUCCCGGACAGCCUGGACAACUACCAGAUGGCCCGCGCCGACGUGGAGAAGGUCAGGGCCAAUUUCCACAAGCACCAGGUUUUCUACUGCUUCUCGACGACCCAGGAGAACGAGACGAGCGUCCUGUACCAGCGUCUCUACGGGCCGCAGACCCUCCUCUUCUCCCUCUUCUGGCCCACCUUCCUGCUGACCGGUGGCCUCCUUGUGAUUGCCAUGGUGAAGCUUAACCGGUCCCUCUCCAUCCUGGCAGCCCAGAGGUAGACAGGCCCACGCCACAUGGCCACGCAGGCCACAGGGUACGGGGCAGCCCCCUGGGCUCACCCCUAUGCACACCAUCCCUCCUGCCCUCCCUCCCCUCCCCCAGCCCCUCCGUCUUCCAUGCCGAGGGACCUGGGGGACAUUCCUCUGUUAAGCCACCUCUCAAGAAUGUGCCAAGCCCCCUUGGUGCCCUGGGGACCCGAGGCCAGCCAGCUCUCCAUUCCUCAGGUGCCCGUACCUGUCUCCUGCUGUGUCCCUGUCAACCAAGGGACAGGAUGGUCCUUUCUGUGCCCAAGCUCUCCUGGUUGGCUCAGAGGCCUGCCUGUCUCCCCCCAGGAAGUGCCCAGCAAACCU